UGCAUGAGUCACGACUAUCGUCUUAGGGGAAGACCACGGAAUGGAGUCCAACAGCAGCAGCAGCGCCGUCGUGGAGAUGGAGACCUCCAGUUCCGGUGAUCACGGCCAGCCCACCCAGAUCACCUCCAUCGAUGGCUUCUUCAAUCGGAAGCGGGGUCGUCCGCCAAAGAAUCGCUUCGUGGAGGUGUACAAGAGCGCCCAGCACUCGCCGCAGGCCAUCUUCACCAGUUUCAAGCUGGAGCGAAGCGAUCACUCCGUCCACGGAGCACCCAGUGUUCCCAGUGGCCCAAAUGUGGACAGUGCAGAGGAUCGUUUGUCUCUGGCGGAUCACGACGGAUCAUCGGCCACUGAUCUCACAGCUAGUCGGAACCGGAAGAGGGGUCGUGUUUGGGCCCCAUCAUCACUUCCGUCGUCGGAGCAGUCGAACAAGAGAAGCUCCAUUUAUAUGCCCCGCUUGGCAGCGAGUAGCCGCAAUGAGUCUUUAGCCCAGCCCUCUUUACAGCCCUCAGAACCUUUAGAAACAGGAACAUCAAAGCAUCUAUCAAGCAGAGUUUUGGAUAAAGUUUCAACAACAGUUGUUCGUGCGGCGGGAACUUUCUAUCCGGAGAAUGCGAGUUCAGCUCCGCAUCGAGAAGUGCCGGAUGCGGCUGGCUCGAGGUUCGUUAGUGGCCCGGAGUCGGCUGACCCGGAAGUGGAUCAGCCGGAGGAUCUGAGCAUGCGACCUUCCCUUCCGGAGGCAACUGCCACGGCGGCGGAAGUGGGACAAGCUUUGAAUAUGAAUCUGCUGCAGUUCAAGCAGCUGAUCGAUUUGUAUCAGCGACAGGUGCUAUUGCCCAGCUUCUUGGCAGCAGCCAGUCAACAACCUAUGGUAUUGCCAGGAUCUGGAUCUGGAUCUGGAUCUGGAUCUGGAUCGGGAUCGGGAGCAAUAAAUGGACCCCUUCUCGACAUGCGAAUUUUGCUGGAGAAUGCGGCCCACCAAAAGUUGCUGCUCCUCAAUGCAGCUGCAAGUGCAACUUCAACAGCCGUGGCCACCACGUCAUCCACGGCGGACUCUGGCCAAAGGAUGCCGGUGAAGCGGAUGCGGGAUCACGACAUUCCCACUGGCUACCUGAAAUUCCGCUUCAACGAGGACUGUGGCUUCGAGAGGUGCGGCUACCGGAACCAUCAGUCGCAUUUCCACUGCAACCGGCGAGACUGCCACUACAGUUUCUGCGACAAGACCCGAUUCGUGCAACAUACGGCUCGCCACGAACGGAUGGACACGCUGAUGGGCGAGGACUUUCUCCAGUUCCGGGCCAACAUGCAGUGCGGAGUGGCCAGCUGCUCCUACGCCGCUUCAGCAGGUCGAACUGGGGAGACCACGCACCUAAACCGGUUAGAUCCAACGGCAGCCUCCAGGAAGACGUCGCACUUCCACUGCCGCAAGUGCGACUACGUGUGCACGGACUCCAACAAGGUGGUGGCCCACCGGCGACUGCACCUCCGCCAGGAUUACGUGCGGAGUGCCGGAUUCCGUAAGGUGGGCGGCAACGAGCCGUGCGACUCGCCGGGCUGCUCGUACGCCCAGCGGCACACCCACUACCACUGCGUCACCUGCGACGGCGGAGUCCUUUCCCGGGCCCAACUGGCGGCCCACAAGCACCGGACACCGCUUCCCAAACAGGACGCGGACACCACUCCCUAGCAUGUCCUUCGAAAAUACCCAGACACUAACAAGUCCGUCAUCUUGAAUAAUAAACAAAACAGUCAUGAAUCAUGA